AUGGCGGGACCCAUCCAAAUUGGAGACAUAGUUAACAUUGGGCGCAUUUGCUGGGAUUUGUAUCACUACGGUUGGGACAAGGACUACGGUGCAACAAAGCAAUAUGCCGAAUUUGGCCGUGAUGUUAGAGGCCUCGCAGACAAUCUCGACAUUCUUGGCCGUGUGGUGAUUCAGGCAGACCAGUCGCUUCGUAGGGAUGUAUCGUUCUCAAAGUCCCUGCGAUGGGAUCCCUCAUCUCUAGGAGAGAUUAUCGGAGACUACCAGGACACUCUCAAGGAAUGUUUCGAACUCAUUGAUGAGAACAACCGAUAUCGAUCAGCCAGCGGGCCUCUCAAAAACAUCGAAUGGAACGUCCUCGUUGCACCAGCAGCAGACCGGCUUCGGGCCAGAAUCGCCCUUCACAACUCCAAGAUUCUUCACGUACUGAAGCCAUUUGAAAUCGAUCUCCUACGUCGUAUCCGUGAAGACAUACACCAAGUUCACAUAGCCAUCCAAGCCGUCCACGGCGACUUGCAUCGCUUGAUAGGGGUUCUGGUCCCGGAUCUGCAGCAAGCACUAGACCAGCAAGCUCACAGGGAAGAACACACUCUUGAGGUUCCGGUCUUGGUCGAUGAAUCCUUUCAAAGAGCUUGGGAUUCUCGGUCUCCGAGCGACCCUGAACCAAGUCUUCGGGAGAUGACAGAUGCUUUUGUGCUUCAUUUCGACAAGUCCACGAUCAAUUUUACACCCAUAGGUAUCUUGGUGGAGAACAAGAUCCCGCCUUUGCACCAGUAUUUGAACUUGCUGAAAUGUGUUUGGUUGAAGAAGCAUAUUGAUCAGUCACCCGAACUCAGUGGCGUCGUUCGCGGAGUGUCUCACUGGCCAUCAUACAUUCAAGAGCUUAAGGACUGCCUUUCGACACAAUGUGUCCGAUUCCAGCAGGAUCUGGUGAAGCCAAGUCUGGAGGGUAUGGCACCAGAGAUGUUUGAGAUAUGGCCCGAGAAAGAGCUCCCGCAGCUUGUAGAUGUCGUGACCAAGGACGCGUUGAUGGAGCAAAUCCUCGACAUCCCUCUUCAAGGCUCUGCCGCCAACGUACAAAGAAGGCUGCAACUGCUGCGUCGAAUGGGCGCGGGUGGGAGAAGGUUUAGGAUCAAUAUCACCGGUGUAGAGCAGGGCACCGUCAAGAGCGCACGCCGCCAAGCCGAAACCAUUGACUUUGAUAUCACAUCAGUCAUCCUGAAUCCCCUCUACGCAGUUCCGUCGAGAUCCGGCGUUCUGGAUAUGAUCCUUCGCAAGGACGAGCGAAUUGCCAAGUUAUCCUUCACGACACUCAAGGACGUAGUGAAGUUCCAGCAAGGCGUCACUGGCUUCAAGGCUUUCGAUAAUUACUGCCAGUAUAACGCUAUGGUCAGCUUCGUCGUCUCAGGGCGAGACGAACCUUUGGUGGAAGAUGCUUGCGUUCAGUUCUGGAUUCCAAAACAGCUCGACGGCCAGCUUGUGACCAACAAUGAAGCCCUGGUAAAGGACGACGCAUACGCGAGGUCCUCGACCGCGGCGUCUUCAGCGUACGAUACGACGUCGAGACAAAAUACUCUGCGUAUGUGGAAUUCCACUGAUCCGUUCACGGCAAGCCCUACCGAGACGGUUCAGCGGAAUGAGCCCAAUGGUUUCUCGGCCCCCGAUAUCUAUCCCACGUCGGCCAGUUGGAUCUGGGUCCAGGAGAACGCCGGCGGCAAGCCCGACAGGUCAAUCAGGGACACUCUCGCCAUCCAGCCCUCCGCGAACUGGUCUAUUCCCUGCGUCAUGGUCUUCGGCAAGGGCGCCGUCCAUUUCCACGGUUAA